UGCGAUUCAUGACGUCAUCCAGAGCGGUGGAGCCAGUCAGCUGAGGGAGGAACUGAACUCCCCGGCAGCACAAAGUCAACCAGGAAGACUCGACCGAGGCAGCUAAACUCACACACCGGCUUCUCGGUCCGUCAAACACCGAGGUUAUUUACACCAAGAGUUGUUUCAGUGUAUUCUUGCAACCUUCGUAUUUUAUACAAAAGAGCCGUUUUCAAAGCAAAACGAUGGCUUCCCUGUUCAAGAAGAAGACUGUCGACGAUAUCAUCAGGGAACAGUCAAGGGAGUUACGUGGCACCCAGAGACAAAUCACAAGAGAUAGAGGGACUCUGGAGAAGCAGGAGAAGCAAUUGGAAGCCGAGAUCAAGAAAAUGGCAAAGAGUGGUAACCGGGAGGCAUGUAAGAUCCUAGCCAAGCAGAUGGUCCAGCUGAGAAAGCAGAAGAACCGCACAUAUGCCGUCAGCUCCAAAGUCACCUCCAUGUCUACGCAGACCAAGCUCAUGAACUCCCAAAUGAAGAUGGCUGGGGCCAUGUCUUCAACAGCAAAGACUAUGCAAGCAAUAAACAAAAAAAUGGAUCCUCAGAAGACAAUGAAGACCAUGCAAGCCUUCCAGAAGGAAAACAUGAAGAUGGGCAUGACAGAGGACAUGAUAAACGAUACCAUGGAUGACUUCUUGGAUGAAUCUGGAGAUGAGGAGGAAUCUGAGGACAUUGUCAACCAAGUUCUAGAUGAAAUUGGCAUCGAGAUCUCAGGAAAGAUGUUCCGAGCUCCAGCCGCAGGAAAGAGCGUCCCCGGAGCCGCCGCCGUAUCCAAAAAGGCCACCAUGUCUGACGAAGAGAUCGAGAGACAGCUCCGUGCCCUGGGGGUGGACUAACAUCUUUGAAUGCAUCAUCUGUUCUCUUUAAUACGGCGACUGACACUCUGACUUUGUCACUGGUUAACUUGUUACACUUGCACCAACGCAGACCAACCCAGUCAAUGCAUUGACAGACAUAUUAAUGGUGGAUAAACGAUCAACGCGUGACCCGAAAAAGCUGGAAGCCACCUGCACUCUUAUUUAUUGUGCAGCUCAUUCUCUUCAGAAGGGCUAGAUCUACCUUUGCUUAAACAUGACGCUAUACAUGAUCAUUUAAUACAUUCUUGUUUACUUAAGUUUUAUCCCUUUAUUUGGAGGGCAAAAUCCACAUGAGUGAAACCUCAUGAAUUUAAACCUCAGAUUCACAUCAGAAUCAGAGAUUAAACUUUAUAAAGAUUUUCUGAGACAACCCAUUUACACUGCUGACUGUCGGGACUAAACAAGGAAUAUCACUGUUAGCCAUUGAGUGUACUAUGCAGUACUUGGUGAUUAUUUGAGGGGUUCUGGGGGUUUCUUAGUUGGUCUUUAUCUUAUUCAAUAAACCACGGGAGUUCUUCAGCGAUAGCAGGAUGGCGCCUGUCCUGCCGUCAUUCUUUUUCAGCUGCUGUGCAGUUAUAGAUUUUUUUUCUCUUUAUUUCUUUUUGACAAGCUGCCUCUUGCUCCAAACACAAAAAUUCAGCAAAAUGAUUGUCACUGUGACGCAAGAGAUGGAGGUGAUUCUGUGCUUUGGUGUUCUGGCAUCAUCCACCACAAGUUUUCUUUCUUGUCUCUUGACUUUUUGCUCUGUUACUUUAUCCCUGUUUUUCCAGACUAGAUUAUUUGUGUGUGUAUAUGCAAGUAUCACACACGCACAAACAUACAAUAAUCUUAAUCAUCCAUUCUUACAUUUGUAAACAUGUUUUGCGAAAAACCACUGAGCAAAAGCGUCUUUGAAAAUUGCAUUGCCCGAGAUUUCUGUUUUAGUUUGUGUCCACUCUCCGUAAUUACUGGACUAUGUAAAUGGGAUUUUAUAAGUAAUAAAAUUUCUUCUGGUACCAUG